CACGAUCAGGGCUGUAAGUUACAAGAAGAAUUUUUUUUUUUUUUUUUAAAUAACAAUAAUCAUUUUGAAAGAGGCCAGAACUGAAUGAAUAUCUGCUGGGAUUCAGUGUGCAACUAGACCAUGGAGAAUGGAUCAGUGGUGACGUCAUUUAUAUUGAAGGCAUACACUGAAAUGGAAGACCAUAGAUAUCUAUACUUCACAGGUUUCCUGUUAUUGUUCAUCCUUAUGCUAAUGACAAAUAUCAUUCUUCUUACAGUAAUUUAUAUUGAAACCAGUCUCCAUGAACCCAUGUAUUUUUUAUUGUGUAACUUAUCAGUGAAUGGAAUUUAUGGCACUGUAUCUUUAUUACCAUCAUUACUUGAAAAUUUAAUGUCUCGUACUUAUGAAAUAUCUCUGGCUGCUUGUUUAUUACAAAUCUUUUGUAUACACACAUAUGGUUCAGUUGAAUUUAAUACUUUAGCAGUGAUGGGCUAUGACCGAUAUGUUGCCAUUUGUCAUCCAUUACACUAUCACCAAUUAAUGUCUCAUAGAAAAGUGUAUGCACUUAUAGCAUUGUGCUGGAUUCAUCCUUUCAUUAUAUUUGGGCUGUAUUUUAUAUUAACUGUACAGUAUACAUUUUGUGGCAGGAUCAUAGAAAAGGUGUAUUGUAUUAAUUUUGAAUUAGUGAAACUGUCUUGUUUUGAAAUUUCUUUCCACAGCAAAGUUGGCUUUGUUGUAACUGUUUUUUUAAUUGUUCCACAGCUGCUCAUGAUACUAUAUUCAUAUGCACAAAUCCUCAGAAUCUGCCUGACUGCUUCUAAGGAGUCUCAGGCCAAAGCUAUUCAAACAUGCACCCCACACUUACUGGCUGUGAUUAAUUAUGCAGUAGGAUCCUUUUUUGAAAUUAUCCAGAGUCGUUUCAAUAUGAGUCAUGUACCAUUUAAAGCUCGCAUAUUUCUUGCCCUUUACUUUCUGAUAUUUCCCCCAUUGUUUAAUCCUGUCAUUUAUGGAAUUAGCAUUCGAGCUAUCAGAAUUCAGAUUUUCAAACUGUUCAUUACUCGUAAAAACAACACAUUUUUAAGCCAAUAAUGAGCUCAAAUGGAGUUCCACUUGUAACUUCUGGACACUGGUUGCUUUGCAAGAGGACAAGAAAACUUGUUAUUUCUGCCUGUUGAAUUCAACCCCUUUUUUUACCAUUCUGCUCAACUCAACAACUUAAGUUGUUGUGGGAAGUAACAUAAAUAAUAAAAACACAGCCUUUUUGACG